AUGAUAAUAAAUAUCAAAAGAAUAAUAUACAACAAUAAAAUCAAUAAAAGAAUAAUUGGAAAAAGAAGAAUAGGAUAUAAUUCAAUAAUGAUAACACCAAAAUAUUUUAAUGAAAUUAAAGAUUUUAUUAAUUUAGAAAAUGGAAUUAAAAGAUUUCAAAGAAAUAUGGAACGAUUUCAUUUUAAUCCAAUUCCAUUAAAUGAAUAUUCAAGAAAAUUAUUUACUAAUAUUGAAACAUUUCAUAUUUAUAAUAAAGAUGAUGAAAUAUUUAAUGAUGGAAAAUUAUUUAAAGAAAUAAUAUGGUAUAAAGUAGAUUAUUCAACAUAUUUAAAAGAGAAAGAAGCAGGAAAUAUAUAUAAAAAUAUAGAAUAUACAAAAUAUGAUAGUUAUAAAUAUGGAAAUACAAUACCAACAGAAGUUAAAUUACUUGGAUAUGGAUAUUUUAAUAAUUAA